AUGACGAGCGGGUUCAAAGUGAUCAUCGUGGGCGGGGGUCCAAUAGGGCUCAUCGCUGCCCAUGCUCUCCAUCGCGCUGGGAUCGAUUUCGUUCUUUUAGAGAGUCGACAUUCAAUCGUUGAAGAUUCAGGGGCUAGCAUCGUGCUGUACCCACAGACAUUCAGGGUGAUUCACCAACUUGACAUUUUAGAGACUCUGCUUCCGUGGGGCACUGAGCUCAACCAUCAUUUGUCUUUUACCAAAGAUGGAAAAGUCCUGAACGAAAGUCCAAGGCACAAGAAACUCAAGGAGAGCCACGGUCACGGAUCCGUUGUUUUUCACCGCGCCGAGCUCCUCCGAAUCAUAUACGAUUGCCUACCCAAAACUGCGAAGCCAAAGGUUAUCACAGGAAAAAAGCUAUCGGCCAUAGAGGACCACGGUGAUAGUGCCACAGUCUCCUGUGUCGACGGUAGUAUCUAUCGGGGAUCUAUGGUCAUAGGUGCAGAUGGCGUCCACAGCAAAACCCGCCAACUGAUGCGCGAAAUCGCUCUUCGAACGAACCCGCUUAGGGACUGGGAUUCGGAAACGCCUUAUACCUCAUCAUUCCGGCUGCUCUAUGGCGCAUUUCCAGCAAUCUCUACUCCUGGACAAGGGUACGAUGUUCAGUCCUCGGGGAAGUCUGCGGUGUACCUCAGCGGCAAGCAUCGUGGGUGGUUCUUUUUAUACGACAAGCUGCCAAAACCGACCACAGAGCAUACUCGGUACAACGAGAAAGACAUUGAGAGGCUGGCAGGAGAAUUUGCCGAUUUUCCACUUACCAGAACCUUGAAAGUCGAGGACGUGUGGCCGAACAUGUCUACAUUCGGUCUUACCGAUCUACAAGAGGGAAUAGUCAAGCAUUGGAGCCUAGGGAGGAUUGUGCUUGUAGGAGAUUCUUGCCAUAAGUUCACGACGCACCUAGGGCUCGGAUUCAAUAAUGGCGUCCAGGACGUCGUGAUACUGUGCAAUCUUCUCAGAGCCAGCAUUCGGGCAACCGCCGAUGAAUCUCCAGCUUCUGAGACUCUGACGAAAGUUUUCAAGACAUAUGAAACUAUUCGCAAGAGCCCGGAGUGUUCGCUGGUAGCCGAUUUUGCUAACUCGGGAUUGGAAACGCGUCUACAUACCUGGGCCAACCCGAUUUACUGGCUUUUCUCUCGGUACAUUUCCAUCCUCCCUUGGUUUGAGAGUUUGUUUCUUCGCUUUCGUUUAUUUCCUGAGUUCCAGAAAGCUCGAAUUUUGGACUACGUACCUUCCUCGGAGGUGAUGAAUGGCAAGCUGCCCUGGCUGUAUCCAAUGAAGAAGUCAGGUCCAGUUAUUUGA